AUGGACAAAAUAGAGAUGCAAACCGAUAGCGGGCCAAAUCUUCUCGCGAAGCGCAUGGCUUGUGAAGAGAUGGAUAUCUCUCCUGGUACCAAAAGAGCUAAGGGCUUUCAUGAUGGGCUGACAGAGGUGGUUAUAGCUCCAGCUAUAACCCGGAUAGUUCCUUUCCCUGAGAAGCCUGCAGUUUUGGAAGAACGAAAUGGCGAGAUCGAGCUACGAGUUGUCAACAAUGAUGGCUCUAGAGAGAGCACGAUUAUCCUUACAGGUCUUAAAUGCCUAUUUCAAAAGCAACUUCCGGAAAUGCCCAAGGAUUACAUCGCACGUCUCGUCUACGAUCGUGCUCAUUUAUCGAUCGCUAUCGUUAAGAAACCUCUAGAAGUCAUUGCCGGUAUAUCAUUUCGGGAAUUCCGAGAACGCAAGUUUGCCGAAAUUGUUUUUUGUGCAGUCUCAUCUGAUCAGCAGGUGAAAGGAUACGGAGCACAUCUUAUGGCCCAUUUAAAGGACUACGUCAGAGCUACUUCCCCGGUGAUGCAUUUUCUGACCUAUGCCGAUAAUCAGGCCAUUGGGUAUUUUCAAAAGCAAGGCUUUACUAAAGAGCUCACUCUCGAGAAUUCUAUCUGGAUGGGCUGUAUUAAGGAUUACGAAGGCGGAACACUUAUGCAAUGCUCUAUGCUUCCUCGAAUACGGUAUCUCGAAGUUGGUCGAAUGCUUUUGAAACAAAAAGAAUCCGUUCUAGCCAAAAUACGUACCUCGAGCAAAAAUCAUAUCAUUCAUCAACCGCCUAUGCAAUGGGCUAACGGCGUGGUUCCCAUUGAUCCACUCUCUAUCCCUGCCAUCCGGGCAACUGGCUGGUCUCCGGAGAUGGACGAGUUAGCACGACAAUCAUGCCACGGAUCUCGUUUCCGCGGACCCCAUUUCAACGAAUUUCGUCGUUUUAUUAACGAUAUCCAAAACCACAAACAAGCAUGGCCCUUCCGCAAUCCAGUCAACAAAGACCAAGUCCCUGAUUAUUACAAUGUCAUUUUAUCACCAAUGGAUCUAUCAACCAUCGAAGAGAGAUUAGAGCAUUACACUACUCCGAAGGACCUUCUCGCCGAUCUCAAGUUGAUUUUCAGUAACUGUCGGCAGUACAAUGAUGCCACAACGGUGUACGCCAAGUGUGCGGUCAAACUGGAGAAAUACAUGUGGAAACUGAUCAGGGAGAUUCCUGAGUGGUCUGACUUGAUUGAAGAAUGA